AUGCGCUUCAACGUUAUCGGCCUCUCGGCCCUUCUGGCAGCAACUGCCACCGCACUCCCCGUCGCCGUUCGCGACGUCGAAACCGUCUGGGAGACUGUCUAUGAAACCGUCUACCAGACUGCUACUUUGGUGGUCAGCGCGCCCACCAACCUCCCCGUCCAGGAGAAUGCCAUUCUUUCCACCACCUCGACUUGGACCCCCGCUGUCCCUACCACCACCAGCAUCCCGACUCAAGUCGUCCCUACCGUUGUGCCCACCGUUGUCCCAACUGCCACCGCCACCCCGUCAAGCACCACCAGUGCUCCCUCCAGCACCGGCAGCGGCGUCUCCAUCGUCAACAACCUCUCGCAGACCGUCUACCUGUGGGUUGUGACCGAGAACCCCGGUGAGAUGCAGACCCUUGCAUCCGGCGAGACCUUCCACGACACCUGGCUCACCAACUCCAACGGCGGCGGUAUCUCCAUCAAGAUGUCCACCACCGAAGUCUGUGACGACGUCCUGCAGUUCGAGUACACCCAGUCCGGUGAAGUCCUCUUCUGGGAUAUGUCUUCCAUCAACCUGUCCAAGACCUCCGAGUUCGUCAAUGCCGGAUUCGCUGUCACCAUCAGCGAUGAGUCCUGCCCCACCUCGACCUGCGCUCCUGGUGAUGCCUACUGCGUCGAGUCCUACCAGCUCCCUGACGAUGUCAAUACCUUGGCUUGCGGUAUCGAUGCCGCCUACACUCUCACUCUGGGUUAG